AUGUUCUCGGAAAAGCAGAACACUGUUGUUCAAGUCAUAUCGGAAGAUGCCGCGGAAGAAGCCGAGCUAUCUUUCCAGUUCACAAAGGAGGAACAUGCCCUCAGUUGGUGGGAUGCUAUGGGAAUGCAUUACCCCGCCAUUGGCUGGGGACUUUUCAUGAAUUUGGCAACUAUCUUGAAAGGCAUUGACGGCGCCAUCGUGCGCAGUAUAGUAGGUCUUCCCGUUUUCAAGGAGACAUACGGGUACAACCAUAACGGCAAUUACAUUAUCGCUGCAGAGUGGCUAUCAGCCUUCAACUAUGCCAACAAUAUAGGCGCUAUAAUUGGUGCUCUCUGUUCGGGUCUUGCCUAUGAUCGCUUCGGGCCACGGUGGAUGACAGCCGGGUGCUGUGUCCUAUCCAUAGCAUUCAUUUUUAUCCAGUUCUUCAGUCAUACUCCGGCUCAGCUGUUCGCCGGUCAACUUGUCAACGGAUGUGUCAUUGCCUUUUACCCAAUCUGUGCAUCGGCCUAUGUCGGCGAAGUCACUCCUUUGGUACUGCGCGGGUUCGCAGCCACCAUGACCAAUCUCGCUUUCUCGAUCGGUUCUUUGAUUGCCUCGGGGAUCCUCAAAGGAACGGAGACCAUGGACACCAAGUGGUCGUACAAGAUUCCUAUUGCAACUCAAUGGGCCCUUCCGUGCGUUAUGUUGCUCUUGGUCGCCUUCUGCCCCGACCCGCCCUACUGGUUAUGUCGGAAGGGCCGCCAUGAAGACGCCAUGGCUUCUCUGCGCCGUCUUGCAACGCCUGGAGUUGAUGUAACCAAGAAAUUGGCGCACAUCCGGGAGACCCUACGUCUGGAGAAAAACCAUGAGGGAGAGCGACCUACUUAUCUAGAUUGUUUUCGGGGGACGAACUUUCGCCGUCUGGUAAUCUGCGUGAUGGCAUAUGAUAUGCAAGCAUUUACCGGAAAUGUGUUCUUCCUCAGCUAUGCCGUCCACUUUAUGGAGCUAGCUGGAUUGAAUGCUUCAAAUGCUUUUUCAAUGAACAUUGGUCUGACGGCGCUGGGUCUGCUGGGCACAUGCAUAUCCUGGUUCCUGCUUUCUUACGUUGGCCGACGAACCAUGUAUCUAUUUGGCUGCUCGAUGUUGGCGAUCGUGCUGUUCAUCAUUGGCAUCGUUGACAUUGUUCCACGACAGACGUCUACCACUUGGGCGCAAUGCGGCCUGAUGUUAGUUUGCACCUUUGUGUAUGACCUCAGUCUGGGGCCGUUUUGCUAUGUGCUACUCGCUGAAGUAUCAUCCGCCAAGCUCCGGGGGCUCACUAUUGCACUUUCCACUGUUACUUGCUUUGUCUGGUCAGUUGUUUUCGCGGUCGUCAUUCCCUAUGCGAUGAACGAAGACCAAGGGAAUUGGCGUGGCAAGAUUGGUUUCCUGUUUUCGGGGCUUAGCGUGCUCUGUACUAUCUACUGUUUCUUUUGCAUGCCGGAGACCAAGGGCCGUACAUUUGAGGAGCUGGAUAUCCUAUUUGAGCGCCAAGUGCCGAGCCGAAGGUUCAAGCAUUCAAAGGUGAAUAUUGACGUCGGGGGGAGGCGUUUGGAGUGA